GACUAGCACUAGCUGCGCUUUGGAACCUAAAUUUCAUUCAUCGCACCCGUUCUACAUCUUGCCCAGCUUCGCUGCGUAACGCUGAACUGCUCCACCAUUAGGGAAUUCAUUGGGCUCUCUUUGUUCAUAGUUUUGGGGCUCUGCCCUUUGAAGUGGAAUUUCGUUGGAUUCAAGAUGAAAUGAGUGGAAGAAAGAGGAGAUGAAGUGGAAGUGAUAAUCUAUGAAUGUGAAAGAUUUCUAAAUCCAGUCGCAGCGAGCAGAUAUAGGAUGUGAAUCAUAUUUAAAUAUCAUCGGUCAGACAAGAGUCCACGUAGAUCAAGUUUUCGAUAAAAACACACUAUAGACUUGGUGGAAUAUAAAAUAUUUUUAUUGAGAGUUGCUAACUCUGGUGCUGGUUAAACGAGCUUGCAACAACACUGAGUCAUAUUUAUUUGGGUUUUACCUGAUAAGCUAUAUUACGCACGAAAUCAGCAUAAUGUUGAAGACAAAAACGCAGCAACAGAAAAAUAUUCUAAACACCAUUAUCAGCGCCUUGCCAGACAACCGACCGAUCACAUCGCUGCAGCUGGUAGAGGAUUUCGAAAAGUGCCCGAAAAACUUCCAGCCAAUAAACAAAACCUACGAUCAGGAUCAAGAUGCGGAUCUCUUCCGGGAAAACAUCUUGUUCGGCAAAAGAAGCUGUCGUUAUUUGUGCCAAUCGAAAACGGAAGGUCUGCCCGACUACAUUCUCGAAACGCUGAAAGUGAUCGGUGAGAAGGAAGCCCUUCCGGAGGGAUUCUCGCAGCUAACCCGAACGGCGGACAGCGAGCAGAAAGCGUGGCGCAAGAAACAGUUGGUUUAUCGGCUGGCCAAGAAGGGAGUAGCCAAGCAGGCGAUAACCGACAUCAUUUUGUGCUCCCGACUGCGUCAGGCGCCGGAGGGUUUCACCUUGGCGGGCGAGAUCAAUAGCAUAUUGAUUUGCUACAAGACUACUCUGAUUGCCCACCGUGCACCACCUAGUGUUCCUUCCAGACAAAGCAUCACUGAUCUCGAGAGAACGAUUGAAGAUCUGAAGAUUCAAGCAGGUCACGACAAGCCGCUGCCACAGCUACCUGCUGAACCUGUGGAUCAUGACUAUGAACAAUUACUGCCAUCCUAUCAACUAUCACCGAACCGACCGGCUCCCAGACCUCCGGUAUAUUCUACUGGAACACUGCACGUUCAUACCGAAAUGGAAGGAGUGCCAUUUAUAUUGAAUCCUGCCCUAUGUAAACUUUCAUUUGAGAUUCCACCGUUGUACGUCGUUGAUAGCGCAGCUGCAAGGGAAUACGACUUUCACCUUGAACGUCAGAUUCUCUGCACAACCAAGACAACGAAUGCUCAAAACAAGAACCCGUUCUUCCACUAACAUCUACCAUUUGUUUGUUCAAUGUUUGCCAAGGGAAGUGAUCGUUUGCGAUUUACGAGCAUUAAAAGUAUAUACAUUUUAUAUUACAUCAAACCACAUCUCCCGGUUGCGAUAGGUAACCUUUGAAGUACUUCCUCAAAUUGUUGUAAUCGUUUCCACCCAUGUCGUCCCAAUUUAUAUCCAGUUGGAAACAUAUUCUACCUUUUGAUAGAAUCGAUUAUCCGUUCUAGGCAGCCAUUAAAGGUAAAACCUUACCAAGUAAUAUUGCUAAGAGCUAGAAUGAAAGUUUUAUAACCUGUACGUAUUGAUUUAAUAUCUAUGUAUUAAACAUUAUAUUGAAACAACCCGCCAGUAAACGUCAAUCGAAAUAGAACUGUUACCGGUCAAAAUGAAUAGGCAUUUCACAUUUUACAGAGCUAUGCAUGCGCCACGAGGGUUUUUCCCGUUUGUUAUACUCCUGCAUGUCUUUGCAACCGCAUUGUUUCAGUAGUGCUAGAAUUUUAUGAUCCAGAAUCUUCAUUAACCAUUUGCAAAUGAAAUAGAAAUAAGUUCGAUUGAUCGUUUACGUUGGUGGUAGACCACAUACGGAACUGAUCUGAACAAAAAGAGACAACAAUUGGCACUGAGUAGAACUUAGAUUUUUUGUAUUGUUUAGUGAUACAUAUACUACUGGGUUUACUGUUAGGCAAUUGAAAUGUUUUGACCACUCA